CACGAUUCUGAGAGCUUCAAAGAACCGUUUCGGACAGCAGAGCUAGUUGCCCAGUUCUUCAUGCAGAUUGGAAUAUGAUUGGCAACACGGCUCGAAGCCAUUUGGGAAAUGAUUUGCCUUGGCUCGAGCACGUCAGCUCGAGUGUAAGGAAGAUGGGAGAGCCUCAGGGCUUUUUUUGCUCAUGGCCUCGUCACCGGAACGAUCACUUUCCUUGUGAUUGGUCUUGUUGCCAGCAUGGUAUCCUCCACGUUCUUCAUCAAGGAGACUGCAAACAUUACGAAAGCGGAAAGCAUCAGACUUGGAUUGGUUGUGGUUUGGACUUCGACCUUUUGUAUGUGGCUGAUGUGGGCCUGCGUCUAUAUGCACCAGAUGGUGCCACUGAUGGAGCCACUUCAUGUAUUGAAGUAAGCAGCAACAAAAAUCGCCAGACGAUGGAUGCACAGGGAUAGGCAGAAGUGGACAGGUUGGACUGCACUCGUGUGGUUUCCCGCCAGAGCAACACAAACCAAGUAUUAGAGAUGUUGGAUGAACACCCCC